AUGGAGAAGACGGAGCUGAUCCAGAAGGCGAAGCUGGCCGAACAGGCCGAGCGCUACGACGACAUGGCCACCUGCAUGAAGGCCGUGACCGAGCAGGGUGCCGAGCUGUCCAACGAGUGCAACCUGCUCUCGGUGGCCUACAAAAACGUGGUCGGGGGCUGCAGGUCUGCCUGGAGAGUCAUCUCGAGCAUCGAGCAGAAAAGCGACACCUCGGACAAGAAGUUGCAGCUGAUUAAGGACUAUCGGGAGAAAGUGGAGUCUGAGCUAAGGUCCAUCUGCACCACAGUGCUGGAAUUGUUGGAUAAGUAUUUAAUAGCCAAUGCAACUAAUCCAGAGAGUAAGGUCUUCUAUCUGAAAAUGAAGGCAGAUUACUUCCGGUACCUUGCUGAAGUUGCAUGUGGUGAUGAUCGAAAACAAAUGAUAGAUAAUUCCCAAGGAGCUUACCAAGAAGCUUUUGAUAUAAGCAAGAAAGAGAUGCAGCCCACACACCCAAUCCGACUGGGGCUGGCUCUUAACUUUUCUGUAUUUUACUAUGAGAUCCUUAAUAACCCAGAGCUUGCCUGCACACUGGCUAAAACAGCUUUUGAUGAGGCCAUUGCAGAACUUGAUACACUGAAUGAAGAUUCAUACAAAGACAGCACCCUCAUCAUGCAGUUGCUUAGAGACAACCUAACAUGGACAUCAGACAGUGCAGGAGAAGAAUGUGAUGUGGCAGAAGGGGCAGAAAACUAAAUGCAUACAGGGUGGUCAUCCUUCUUCCCCUCAAGAAACCUUUUUACUCAUCUCCAUUCCUUAUUCUCUUUGGAUUUCCUAUAGCAAAGAAACCCACUCUUGUGUAUGGAAUCAACUGUUUAUAGUCUUUUCACACUGCAGCUUUGGGAAAACUCCAUUCCUUGAUUUGUGUUUGUCUUGGCUUUCCUGGUGUGCAGUUACUGCGGUAGAAAAGUAUUAAGAGCUUCAUUUCAUAUAAACAUAAGUAACUUCCAAACACUUAUGUAGAGGACUAAAAAUGUAUCUGGUACUGAAGUAAUCUGAACCAGUUCUGCAAGUGACUGUAUUUUGUAUUACUAUGAAGAUAUGAAAAUGUAGUCAUUACAAUUUACAAAGUGUUCUACAUAACUUAAUUUCUACAUUCCCUCCCUUACUCUUCUUCAGGGGUUUCCUUUGAGUAAGCAACUUUUCCUUGCUCUUAAUGUAUUCCUUUUUGGUAGGAAUCCAGAAGUAUUCGAUUGAAUGGAAAAGCAUUUGGCAUUUCUGCGCUGGGGGUCACAAAUUGAAAUGCCUCCUGUAUCAUAUAUGAUGGAGGUCUUGUAUAUCUGUGACAACAGGAAGUUUCCUUAUUCAUUCUUCGCUGCUGCUGUUUAAGUUGACAACUUCCCUUCCCAAUAAAAAUUCACUUACACCUCCUGCCUUUGUAGUUCUGGUAUUCACUUUACUAUGUAAUAGAAGUAGCAUGUUGCUGCCAGAACACAAGCAUUGCUUUUGGCAAAUUAAGGUGCAUGUCAUUUUUUACUACACUAGAAAGGGAAAAUAAAGUACACAAGUCCAAGUCUAAAACGUUAGUACUUUUCCAUGCAGAUUUGUGCACAUAUGAGAGGGUGUCCAGUUUGUCUAGUGAUUGUCAUGUAGAGAGUUGGACCACUAUUGUGUGUUGCUAAUCAUUGACUGUAGUUCCAAAAAAGCCUUGUGGAAAUGUUAUGCCCUAUGUAACAGCAGAGUAACAUAAAAUAAAACUACAUUUUGUAAACCA